CCGUGUUUAACUAAUCAAGCCAUAGUCGAUAAUUGAUGGUCAUAGAUAUAUUUGGCUGUAUGUAAAGUAUUUUCCCAACGGUUUGAGUUUGAAUGAACAUUGAAAAACUUUAAAUUCACUCAAUCUCUUCUGUAAUGUCUCUCCUGAAGGUGCUUAUACAGAGUUCCAUUAGUUUUACCGGCAAUGAUACGCAAUUCAUCGAACUUAAUGCCAAUAAAAUUUUUAAUUAAAUUUAAUAGUAUCUUAUCAUGAAAAAUAAGAUAAAGAUCCGUGUUUGGUAUCGAUCUUGACAUAAUUUGAACUUGUUAUGAUAAUGGGUUUUGAUAAGCCUAUUUCUCCAACCUGUUUCAAUUUGUAAUUGAGGGAUAUUGCUAUAUAAACGCUCCGCAAUAUUUAUCAAACUUUUCAUUAUUGAAAGAAAUAUAUUUUAGAAACUUUAAGUUCUUUUGUUUCCACCCAUAUUUUUCUAAUUUGUCAUUAACAAUCAGUUGAUUACAACAUAAGCUGUAAAGUGUUAUUAGGUGUAAUAUCAAGGUUAAUCACGUAAUAGUUCUGUCUUAUUCUUUUGUACUUACCUAGUGAUUAGUGUUAAGAACAGCAAUAAAUAACUUCUCUUCUUUAUCUAGCAGAAAAAUGAAAGGAAGGGCAUUGCAUUUUGUUUUUAAAAUUGGAGACAGACAAAGGAAUGCUUUGUUUUUUAGGGACAUCCUAGGUAUGAAAGUCCUUCGCCAUGAAGAAUUUAAGGAAGGUUGUGCUGCAGCAUGUAAUGGACCAUACAACAAUCGAUGGAGUAAAACUAUGGUUGGUUAUGGACCAGAAGAUAAUCAUUUUGUUUUGGAACUUACUUGGAAUACUGAAGUAUCUCAUUAUGAGAGAGGUAAUGAUUUCUUAGGUAUCACAAUCAAAUCUCAAGAAUCAAUAGCUAGAGCCAAAGCAUUACAAUGGCCUAUUAAAAAGGAAGGAGAUAACCAUGUUCUUGAAUCGCCUGAUGGAUAUACCUUCUACAUCAUUGAUGAACCAGAGCCUACAGAAAGAGAUCCAGUGUUAAAAUUAUCACUUGCAUCAACAAAUAUUGAAAGCUCUGUUUUAUACUGGAAUCAACUUUUGGGAACAAAAAUGAUGCAUAAAGAUGACACUAGGGCACUUUUCACUUAUGAUGAAACCCAAGCAUUUAUCGAAUUUAAAAAGAUUGAUGAACCAAUUAAUCAUGCUACAGCCUAUGGUCGUGUUGCUUUUGCAGUGCCGAUGAUUGAACUAAAAGAUAUCGAGUCAAAAUGUGCAGAUAACAAAUGCAAAAUUCUCACUCCAAUGAUAACUCUCGACACACCAGGAAAAGCAUCAGUUACUGUUGUGAUUCUGGCAGAUCCUGAUGGGCAUGAAAUUUGUUUCGUAGAUGAUGAAAACUUCAGACUUUUGUCCAAAGUUGACCCUGAAGCAGAUUCACAUUUAAAUUUUCAUAUGGCAAAAUAUCAGAAGUAUUUAGAAAAGGAAAAGCAAGAAGUGAAACAAUAAGUGCAAUAAAAGGAAAAGCUGUGCUAAUAAAAUUUAUUGUAUUGAUGAGAUGCUUGUUAUAUUUGAAAUUUAAAAUUAUAUAAAUUGCAGUAUUUUAUGUACUAAAUAUUUUUAUUAAAUUGUUUUUCAUUUAUUGAUAAAAAAA